UAUACAGACAUGAUCAAGUCUGCUGUCACUUCUUUGAAGGAAAGAAACGGCUCUUCCCGUCAAGCUGUCAAGAAAUACGUUCAAGCCAACUUCGAUGUCAAGGCCACCAGCUUUGACUCCUUGUUCAACGCUGCUUUGAGGAAGGGUGUUGAGACUGGCGACUUUUCUCAGCCAAAAGGACCCUCGGGCCCAAUUAAGAACGUCAAGAAG